GCGAAUUUUUUACGCGACUUUUCGAGCCGGCCGACGGGGUUGCUACGCCACCGCUGUCACAGCCGUCGACUGCUAAACAAUUGCUUUCAAAUUCCUGAAGCAGCGCUCGCGACCUCGCAGCCGCCGCGUGUGACCUCGGAGUUUUUGGAGCCCCAAAACCGCCGGCCUAGAUCCUUGAGGCCGACGCGCGCGACAGGGCCAGCGCUCUCUCCAAAAUGGGCGGCUCCAACUCGAAAGCCGACUUAGCCGAUAUCCUCGUCGCGCUGGCGCAGAACGACGUCUCCCCCGACGCGCACGACUUCUGGGACGAGCUGUGGAAGCUCGAUACCACGGCCGAGGACGUCUUUGAACUCAUCACGCCGGAGGACGUCCGGCACCUACGACGAGAAAGACCCGAAAAUGUGGUCACACUCUUCACGCAAGCCACGGCGCAGUUGUGCCAAAUAGUACACACGCCGGUGCCGAUGUAUUUUGGUCAAGCUUUGAACUGUGUCAGAGUAUUGACGCGCAUCCUACCGUUUCUGUUGGAGGAACACGAUGAGUUUAGCGAGAAGCUCUGCUGGGGUAUUGAUUCGACGGAAGAUGACGAAGCCGCGGAGCCGCUAGCGCGACUCGUCGUCCAUGCGACCUUACAUUUGUUAUUCCUGCCGGGGUUCACCGUGGACGCCUCGGCUUUUGAAGAUGAGCCGGAUGAUGCGUUGGUACCGUCGCGAGCGCUGUGGGCGCCGGGCUUGGGCGGCCUAGAUGCCAGACCAGCCGCUAGCUUAGCCUUGGAUAGAAACCGGGCCGAAGUCCUACGCUUGCUACUCGCGGCGUCCUGCGAGCCCCUUUAUAGUAGUGCGGAGACGUUUGAUCCCUGGGCUUCGAGGUGGCUGAGAGCUGCUACGGCUCGAGACGCGCCAAAUGCGAAGCUACUGUUAUACGCGUUACUCAACUCCGUCUGCGCCUACGACCCGACGGGUCUCGGUGUGCCCUAUGGUGGGCAUUUAGCGUCCGACGCGCCGGCCACGGUCGUGGCGCUGGCGGCCCAGGCUUUAGUUGUUUUAUUGGAUUAUGGUGGUGGUGCUCCGAAGACCACCGAGGAUAUUAAUGUCUUCCGCGAAUUACUAGCAUCUAUCAGUGGAGGAGACAACUUCGACUUCCUGUUUCUGGGGUUGGCUCGGUUACUGAACAACGUCCAUGAAGCUUUGAAUACUACAUUACCAGGCUCAUUAGCUCAGAUCGAGUGCUACCAGGAGAUCUUGAUCUUGGUCUGGAAGUUGGUCGAACUAAAUGAGAAUUUUGCGAAACACAUCCUGACGGAGUGCGACGUCUGUCGAAUAGUCGUGCCUUGCUGUUUUCUGGCCCAUCAAUCUAGGAAGGACCCGUCGCGCGUGGGAUUGGUCCAUAUCUGCACGUUCAUACUACUGAAAUUAAGUGGAGAAAGGCAGUUCAGUGUCGCGUUGAACAAACCCUUCGACGAGAAGCUACCGACGGAUCUGCCUCGCUUCGAGGGAACCCACGCCGACUUGGUAGUGGUGGUACUUCAUAGGAUGGUCGUCAGUGGCGGUGAUCGAUUGCAACCGUUGUACAACUGCUUUCUGACGGUUUUAUGUAAUGUCUCACCAUAUGCUCGUUCUCUCUCAUUGGUGGCAGCCGUGAAAUUAGUCUCAUUGUUCGAGUUGUUCACCUCGCCUAGAAUCUUGUACGCGGCGGAGGGCAACCAAGGACAUGUUGCUCUCUUGUUGGAGAUCUUCAACAACCUCAUCCAGUAUCAAUAUGGAGGUAAUAGUCAUUUGAUCUACGCGAUCGUGCGAAGAAAGAGCGUCUUCGACGCCCUGGACAAGUUGACGCUGCCGGGCGCCAUUGCUGCGGCCGUCGAGCGGGAGGCGCAACGAGCGGCUCUGAGGAAGGGCGAGGAACAUACGCCGAGUGAGGAGGAAGCCCCAUUGCCUCGCGUGGCUCCUGGUACCGCUGCUUUCUUACCUUCAGCGGAAUGGCUGAGGAGGGUCAAGGCCGAACUGCCUCUAUCUACCAUUAUGAGGUUGUUGCAUCAUCUGGCGCCGCAGAUCGAGGAGCUCAUCGCGAGGGCGGACUACUCGCUCGAUGAAGAGGCGAUCCUCGGCUUCAUCCGCUCCACAACCAUGGUCGGCCUCCUCCCGGUCCCGCACGCCAUCGUCGUCCGCAAGUACCAGCCGAACACGUUCACGUCGCUCUGGUUCACGGCCUUUUUGUGGGGCGUCGUCUUCCUGCAGAACCAGGCGCCGCCCUUGUUCGACGGCCCGGCGAUCAGGCUCUUUACGGUGUCGGUGGUCUAGGCUCGGUUGAGGAGUGGGGGGUAAGGGGUCG